AUGUCGGACAAACUUGAGGCACUGAAACAACAAAUUAAUAAAUAUUUAGAACAGAUAAAACGGCAGAGCCAAAAUGGGCAGGGCCCACAACAAGUAGUCAACCAACUUUCUGUUAUUCUUCUUCAGUUUGUCGACGCGACAAUUGAAAUGAGCAUACAGAAGGGUCGCGAUAACGACGGUGAGAUCACAACAACAACUUUGGACGUCUUCAGAAAUUUGUUGUCAUUAGUCAACGUCAGUGCAACUAAUGCGACUAUCCCCAUUGUGUCUUCUGCUCUUCAUUUCCUCAAUUAUCACCACAACUUCACCGAGAUGGACAACUUCAUCUCGUCGGCACAGAACAUCACAACAAAUAACAUUUCAUUAAUUAAUUACUGCAUGUUCAAUUACUAUGCUGGAGUGACUAUGCUAAUCAAAAACAUGACUGUGGAGGCGUUCAACUACUUAUCUAAUGCGAUCCAAUACCUUGAAUCAGGUACUCGGAAUUACAGAAAUUGUUUGAUCCCCCUUGUUGUCUUACAAUUAAGAAAAGGGAUAUACCCCCCUCGCAGUCUUAUUUUAGAGAAUAACCUGGAAGAUGUUUAUGGUACUUUGAUAACCGCAGUCCAACGGGGUGACGUUGCUACAUUUGAGAAAGAGACAAAAAGAAAUGAAGUGUUCUUCAUUCAGCAUUGCCUCUUUUUAUUAGUCGAGUCGCUCAAGCUGAUCACAUACCGAAAUCUCUUUAACACAGCCAGACAAAUAGUUAAUACCACGAAAGUCCCAUAUUCCGCCUUUUUAAAUGCAUUAAAAGAAGUCGGGAAAGAGUCUUCGGAGAUGGAACUUGAAUUUGUCAUGUGCAACUUGAUCUUUAAAGGGAUUAUGAAGAGUCAACUGUACCACGAACACAAAAUAGCCGUCUUAUCGCCGGAGGAUGCUUUUGUUUUCUUCGAUCAAGUAAAAUAA